AUGACUGAUUUGCCCAGCUACGUCGGUGACAAGGUCAACGAGGCCACCUCUGGUGCUUCCAAGGAGGCCAACAAGAACGUUGCCAAGGACUCUGAUGCCUCCCUCGGAACCCGUGCCUCUGCUGCAAAGGACGCUGUCGGUGACAAGGUUGAUGAGAGCAAGCACUCUGCAUCCGCUGAGGGCAACAAGCAAGCCGCUACUCACUAA